AUGGCUCAAGGCGUCAUCAAGCAAAAGGCGAAGCCCGCCGCCGGAAGCGCGAAGAAAGGCAGCGGAGCGCUGAAGCCUCGCGGAAGCCGCCAAAUCGCCCCCAAGAAGCAAAAACUCAUCCAGCAGAAGAAGCUGCUGAAGAAGCACUCGUCCGGGUUGGCCGCUGUGACCGAGAAGCAACUCGCCGAGAAGGCCGGCCACUUGGAAAUCCUGAAGGGAGGCAAGAAAGACAAGAAGAAGGAGAGCAAAUGA